CAGUUCAAGGCUCGCAACUCGGCUUUCUCCAGCGAUCGGACGUGAUCUCGAAUCUUUGUAAACGGUUGCUCUUCAAAUCUAUGGUCAGUUGGUUUUGGAGAGAGCAGAGAGAGGAAGCUCGCAUUUUUUCCCCAAAAGGAUCCGAGUCUCACUGGUAUUUUCUCAAAUUGUAAGACAACGACAUUGUGCAUCUCAUAUUCUGAUAUUUGGAAAGGAUCAAGCUUGCCAUUCAUUGAUUCAAGCCCGAGUUUAUUCAGCGUUUUUUUACUUGAGUCUCUAAAGCAGAGCAAGGAUGGUUGAAAGCAAAGUGCUUAGAUCUUGUCUAGCUGGAGGGUUAUCAACAUGCUGUGCCAAAACAACGACGGCACCUUUAGAAAGGUUAAAAAUUCUGUUUCAAGCCCAGAACCAUCACUACAAGGACAUGAGUAUAUACCAAGCCUUGAAAGCCAUUUACAAGAAAGAAGGAACCCGUGGAUACUAUAAAGGGAAUGGAGCAAUGAUGGUACGUGUAUUCCCAUAUGGUGCUAUACAGUUUGUAUCUUAUGAACAGUUCAAGGAUGUGUUCUCACAUAGCUUCGACAAUGGCCAUGUUGGAAAGAUUCUAGCAGGAGCACUUGCUGGCUUUACGGCAUGUGCUUUUACCUAUCCACUAGAUGUCGUAAGGUCCAGGCUUGCAUUCCAGGUUGCAGAUGAGCAGCUGUACUGUGGAAUUUGCCAGACACUUCAACAGAUCUUUAUGACUGAGGGUGGAAUAUCUGCGUUGUACAAGGGAUUCAUGCCCACUGGAUUGGCAAUGAUUCCUGCUGUAGGUCUUGGAUUCUAUGCCUUUGAGUCCUUCAAGGAUUUCAUAGUAUCCAUGAAUGGCCCAAUGACCAGAGUACAUCCUGUUUCUGGAGACACAGUAUUAACAGCUUCUGGAGGUCUGGUCUGUGGUGCAUUGUCAGGAGCUUCCUCACAGACAGUUGCCUAUCCCUUAGACGUUGUGAGACGAAGAAUGCAGCUUGCUGGUUCAUUGGCUGAUGGACACAAGUAUAGAGGCUGCAUCAGUACGUUCGUCACAGUGUACACAGAGAAUGGGAUAAAGCGUGGACUGUAUCGUGGCUUGUCAAUCAACUACCUCAGGGUGUGUCCACAAGUAGCAGUAAUGUUCACUGUGUACGAACUUACAAAACAGCUACUUGAAGAAUCAUCAGCUUCUGAGUAGUCAGAAUUGUGAUAGCAUAGCUGAAGCUGUGCCGAGGCUUGCUAAAGCCAGGAUUGCAAGACGACACCUUUCUCCCCAACCCUUGGAUGGAUGCAAAGGAUAUUCUGAUCUCAGGUGCUGUGCACUGUACUACCUAACAUUUGAAAGAUCAAAGCAAGAAAUACUAUAAGCAAUUAUUGCAUCUUUAAAACUAUCAGUGUUACACAGAUUCACCUGAUGAUGUUGUGUACUAUUUUAGGUGCACUGAUGAUGAGUCAAACAAAAGAGACGCUUUUGGACUUUUUAUGUGUUUAAUCCACAUAAUUAGCUAUGAAUAUCAAUUUCUAAUUGAUUUACAUAAGGUUGCAAAAAUAUUUGCAGUGGAUUCUAGUCUCCACAAUCAAAAAAUGUGAUAUAAUCGAAACAUUUCAGGGACCUUAAACAUAGGCAUUAGUUGACAUUUUCUUGUUCUAUUCAUGCAGUUUGUUUGAGUACUCUGAUCAAGAUUAAUUUCUUUUCAGGCUGCAUUAUGUACUGCUGUUUAAAUUAGAAUUUGGUCAAGUUUAAGCAUUGAAUCACUUGGAAGCUUUUUAAGCUGCAAGAACUUUAAAUUUUGAUUGACAGCAGCAAAACAGUAAUUAUACAAAACAUAACAAGAAAUUAUCGAAAAUCGUACAGUUUAAAAAUAUCGAAUAGGUAUAAAGUAAUUAUGAGAAUUAACCAUGAUCGCUCAUGAAUAUGGUAUUGCUAAAGAAUACCGCUGAAAUUGCUUCAUAGCAACCCUGCCACUUAAUGAAAAUUAUGACAUUUUCAUUUGCUUCUACCAUAAUUAUAGUUCAUUAUAAAACACUUUAUCAAAAAUUCUUCAAAAAAAUUGAAAGCCUUUCAUCAAUGGGCCUUACUUACAUGGUAGCCAUGUUGACUAGAACAUUAUGUUUUCCCAUGUGUAUCCUCACAUUCAAGUGCUUGAGAAUAAAUUUAUGUGGGUUAAACAAAGGUUUUUACUCUCAGGAAGAAAAACAUGGUGCCCGUGUUAGUAAGACCCAUAUUGGAAAUCAAUUAUUUUGGCUGCAACAAAAUUUACAAUUUUAUCCAUCUAUCAUUGCAUUUCCAUGCUUAUGUGUAUGCAAUACAGGAUAUUUCAAGACGUUUGCAUUGACAGUGCAAUAUGAUAUGCAAAAGUAUGACGGGCUUUUUGCUGAAAAUGAACUUUUACAAGCCUUAUUUGGCAGAACCAGCCAGCGUCUCAUCAAAAUGUGUCAGGUUAAUGUACAAAAGCCUGAGAAUAGGAGUAUGUGAAUACAUUAAAUGUGGUCUUACUUUUGCAUAAAAAAAUUAUUUCUGAAAAAAAACCUUUAAUUUUGUAUUGAUAUUUCAUUUGGUGAAAUAUAAUUUCAAAGAAGUCAAAAAAUAUGUAUAUGAUGUACAUGGAUAUUUAUCACUCAUCUAGAUUUUAUUCAGAUAGUUCAGAUAGUUUAGAUAGUAGGAAAAUAUAUAUUAUUUACAAAAUCCAAUAUAAAAUAGAGGGAUUAUUAUUUAUGUAAAAAGAAUUAUCAUUAGAAAAAAUUCCUACCUGAACUAAAAAAGAAUAGAAUAAAAGUUUAUAAUAAAUAAAUGAGUUUUGUAUUUCAUUUUUUGUAAAUUAUAGACAAUAGGGAUCUGCCAUUAUAUUUGAUUUGCUGUGUAGCUGUAGUGGGGGUGUACAGUGAAUAUCCAGGAAGCUGAGAGAUAGAAAGAGGGGGAGGUGGGGUUGGAAAUUUUGGUGUUAGGCAAAUCUCACUGCAAUGGAUGCAAUAAACCAGCUUGAAUAAAUGAG